AUGGCACCAGUGGGAUGGAGCUUUGCGGCUCGCUGUUUGUGCAUCGCAUUGACAAGGGGCCAGGAUAGUGAAACAGCUCCUGGCUUCUCUUAUGACUUUGACAGUGACGGUGCAAGCGUGGGCUCCGCGUUGAACAUUUACGGUGCUGAUGGGCAUGAAUGUGGUGGCCAUGAGGAGCAGUGGGCUCGUUGCGAAGAGCUGCCAGAAUGCCAGACCUGUCAGCCUGUGGACUGCAUGUUUUCGGAGUGGAGUGACUGGUGGCCAGGCUCUGGCUGCAUCGGUCUCAUGUUCCGGCACCGCAGCAUCGCAGUUCCGAGCAACCAGUGCGGCUUGCCGUGCUAUGGGUCUGGCAUCGAGUCGAAGCAUUGGUACGCCAGUGAAUGUGGUGGAGCACCACAAGAUUGUGUGAUGUCUGCCUGGGGGGAGUGGAGUUCCUGCAAGAGCGAAAAGGACCAGUCCAUUCGUAAGAGGUGUGUUGACAAGCCAUCAUCCAACAAUGGGGAGCCUUGCAUGGGCUCGACAUCAGAGACCAGGCCAUGUGGAGGACCACGGCCUCAGCCGUGCAUCUUCGACCCCUGGCAGUCUUGGACGACUUGUAGCGCAUCCUGUGGGCAAGGCAGAUUCACCCGGCUCCGCAAGAUCCGAAGUGAAGGGCAUUUGAGUGGUCAGACAUGUGAGAGCUCUCUUCUGGAGACCCAUACAUGCCAGAUGAAGCCAUGCAUUUCGAAGGACUGCUUGCUCUCUGCUUGGACGGAUUGGAGCUUCUGCGGGGCGGCUGGCAUACAACGAAUGAGGCACAGAUCUGUUCUGCAGAACCCGGAGGGACUCGGCAGGGAAUGCAACUCCAGCUUGGUUGAGACAAUUGGCUGCUCGAGCAAGAUUCCGCACCACUGUGAAGUCACAUCUUGGUCUGAAUGGUCUUCAUGUGAUCGCACUUGCCAUGGUGGGCAGAAGUUUCGCUCACGCGAACUAUUGCAUGGCAAAUCUCGUAGGAAUUUCUGUUCGGCCAUAAAGCUGAAGCAAGCGGCUCCCUGCAAAAUGCGCCCAUGUUUUUCGCAUUCUCUCGACUGCGAGUUCAGCGAUUGGAGUACAUGGGGCAUAUGCUCGGCGAAAGUGGGAUUCGGGGUGACCAGGAGAAAGCGGACAAUCCUAAGACCGGCAGGCCUAGAUGCGACUGGAUGUUUUGGUGACAUGAGCGAGCUUGCAUCAUGCAAGAUUGCACCACCAAGGCCGAUCGACUGCAUUUGGGGUGAGUGGGGGGAAUGGAGUGGUUGCUCCUGCUCCUGUGGUGGCGGCACUAAGCGACGAAGCCGUGCGAUUGAGAUGUCGCCGCAGAACGGAGGAGCACCUUGCCAGGCCAAGGACAAAGAGGUCAUAGCUGUUUGCAACACGAUGGAAUGUGACAGCACAUGUGAAGAUGGAUACUGGGGCGCUUGGAUGGACUGGACACAGUGCUCAGCCACAUGCUCUUCAAGCUACCGCUCCCGCCGACGCUCCCUUGAGGUUCUGCCAAAUUCUUGUGGCUCGGUGCCUACAGGAUUGCGAGAGCAAUUCGAAUUAUGCGAUGACCUUCAUGACUGCAAGAGCGACAAAGACUGCUCGCUGUCCUCUUGGGGCGAGUGGUCGGAGUGCAGUUGCAGUUGCAAUGGAGUUCGUGAACGGAAUCGCCACAUCACGGAAUAUGCGAGAGGUCGUGGGCGGCCGUGUGAAGAUAUGCAGCUAAAGGUGAUCGAACAGUGCAAUCCACUGGAAGGAGCAGAGCCUCCUGAAGCUUGUGAGGUAGAGAAGCGAGACUGUUCUCUGCGCCAAUGGCAAGAGUGGAGCACCUGUUCAGCAACUUGCGGACCUGGUCAGCAAACCCGAAAGCGAAGCAUUGCUUAUCACUCCGCGCACGGGGGGAAGCCGUGUGAGGGAGAAUUGAUGCACACCAGGGAAUGCAACAUCCAGCCGUGCCAGACUCACAACAAGCGCGAUUGCGCUCUGGGCGCUUGGUCGGAGUGGGGCAGCUGCAGCCAUUGUGGAGGACAGCGAUGGCGUCAUCGCAGCAUCGUCGCUAUGCCAUGCCAUGGUGGCAAGCUAUGCGAAGAUUGGAGCAUGAAGGAAGUUUCAAAUUGCUCGUCGAUCUGCCAUGAGACUCGAAUAUGUGCUUGGACAGAUUGGUCUUGUGCAAAGUGCCCUGAGCAAUGUGGGACCUUGACGACGCUCCGCAGCAGAGAGAUGAAGCUGUUGCCAGCACACAGCUAUCCGAACAGCUUUUUCUUCAAAGGCGACAAGCACUCAAGCUGCUUCGGCUCCCAGGUCGACGUGGCCCAGUGCCCCUCGAAAGACUCUUGCGAGCAGUGCACCCCUCGAGACUGCAGCUUCAAUGCAUGGAGCCAGUGGACGGACGCCACUUGCGUUGGUCUGUGCGAGAGGCACCGGGUCAUCGCAACGAUGAACAACGAGUGUGGAGAGCCUUGCCAGGGCCCGCUCUUGGAAACGAAGCACUGUCAUACAGACUGUGGCCAUGCUGUGGACUGCAAGCUGUCACCAUGGACGGCUUGGGGUCACUGCACGAACCUCACAUCGGCUGCCAUCAAGGGGCAGCACUACCGCCAUCGGCAUGUAGUCGUCGCGCCAGAGAAGGGGGGUUGGCUUGUAGUGGAGAUUUGCUACAAACCAAACCAUGUGAGGCUGAAAUGCCCGAGCCUUGUCUAUUCGCCCCCUGGCUCCCGUGGACGGAGUGCUCUGCUGUUUGUGGUGAAGGCACAAAGAUGCGGACUCGCCACUUGCAUCAGGUCGCAGAGGAUGGUGGGAGACAGUGCCACGGAGUCUUGCAGCAGAUCCAAGCUUGCCGUAGUUGGCAUUCAGGUUGUGAAGACAAUGUUCGUCAGAAUUGCAAGCUGGAUGAUUGGAACGACUGGAGCUCUUGCGGAAUUGGUAAGCAACGAGAGCGCCAUCGUGCCGUCCGUCAAGAAGCCCGGGCGGGUGGAAAGCCCUGUUCCGGCUCUCUGUUCGAGACGGAAAGCUGCCGUGAGGAUGUUGAUUGCAUCAUUUCCCAGUGGACAGAUUGGGAUGAGUGCUCUGCAUCCUGUGGUAGCGGGCACUCCCGCCGACAGCGUCAAAUCUCCAAGUUUCCCGAGUAUGGUGGUACUCUUUGUCCUGAAGACCUGA